CCUCGCUGCUCUUUCUAUUCCGCCCCUCUUUCUCUGUGAAGAAGGGAAUCGUUGUUUUUUGUCAUUGCCACUUUAGAGAAUAAUCCCUGCCUCAUGUUACCGUUAUUUUAUUACUAGUCUACCUGUUACGUAAAUUGCCUGAAUUAUUUCAUUAUACAUAGCUGGGCUACAUGUGGGGGGCUGGCUAUAUUUGGAGAACAAAAAAUCCCCACGAUUUAUAAUUUAAUUCAACGGUCGUGUCGGCAUUAUCACAAACUCACAGAAGGGUUCCUUCCCCCUAUUCAUCCACGACCAAGCUUGUACUAAUUUACGCCUUGCGGUGUUGGGCGGCGGGGUAUUGGUCUUGACUACUAAAUAGAGGAUUGUUUCGGGACCAGGGGGGAAACCAAAAUGCGCACUAACGCAGGAGAGUAUCUGACGUCGUAACAUGCGGGGGGAGAAUCAGCAUUUGAGAAUGUAGCCUACACCUCGGCUAUUGGAUAAUUAUUUGUAGCCGGCCAGAGGAAUUUAGAUGUUUGGCGCUGUAUGAAACCGUUUGUAAACGCUUCCAUAGGUGACCCCGCUUCAUAACGCCAAACAUAGUCCGAGGAUAGCGUGGAGGGUUGUUGGCGCAACACGCUGCUUUUUUAACGGGUAAACAGCAGCCAGAGCGCUGAGGGGAAGUGUUCUCCUGUAGUGCUGCUCCGUAACUCUAUCCUUGUGCUGCAGACCUUUAAAUACUCCUCAUGAAAUAGCCACUUGGUGAAAGGUGAGACCUUCCCAGCCCAGGACACCGUCUGGCGCGAGCUAGUCUGAAAGGACGGUCAGAGCGCGUGCAGGACUGGCCUGCGCUCUUGGAUGACUUUAUGAAAAUAACUUCAGGCUACUAGCUGGACCUGCAAUACUUCAUGUACUUUUUCAUACCAACUUUUCAAGACUUGUUGGUUACCAGUCGUUGUUGACCAGAUAAACAUUAGUUUGUUUGUUUUUGCUCUCUUUUAAAAAAUAUAUAAUUAUGUUUCAUUCUUCUAUACAUCUGCCUACCGUGCCUACGCAGUGAAUGGAGGACAUACUCCAGCUUCUCCCGAAGCACCGGCAAAUUCUCACACAGGCCUGGGGGAGAGCAGCUACUCACACCUGCCUUUGCAGGAGCUUAUUUGCGCUUUCAAAACGUUUUCUACGACUUAGUUUUGCGUUCAUGACCACAGCUGAGUGCCACUCACCAGUAUUCUUUAAUGGGAUAAAUUCAUUUGUGAGAUCAGGUUAUUAAAAACCGAUCAAGGGAAAUCUAAACCAACCAUCCCACACCUUUUUACCAUAGCCUAUAUUUGUAAUUCAGUCUACUGUCCCCAAACGCUUCCGCAUGGUACUUUGGUCGAAAGCGCAAGACAAACCGCUGGACACCGACAUGUCAUCCGGGGUGAUAGAAAUGAAGAAAGUGGUGCCACCGGUGUACCUCCACUCCAACGGCUCUGUUCACCCGGCCAUCCUCACAGAUGACCCCGAGGAGAUGAGACCGGAGGAGAUGAGACCGGAGGAGAUGAGACCGGAGGAGAGGGGCGAGUAUGAGCUCACGGAAGUGACAUCCUUCACGGACAGGUCUGGUGAACCGGGAGAUGAAGGCCGGGAGAUAGUGGUGAUAGACUGCAGGGUGAAUGCCAAGGGCCAGCGCGAGGAGGACGCUCUCCUGGAGAAUGCCAGCCAGAGCAACGAGAGCGACGACAUAAGCACUGACCAGAGCCCAGAGCCACCAGCGCCGUUAAAAGAGACCUCCUUCUCCAUCGGCCUCCAGGUGGUCUUGCCGUUCCUGCUGGCCGGGUUCGGGACGGUGGCGGCGGGCAUGGUGCUGGACAUUGUUCAGCACUGGACGGUGUUUACAGAGGUGACGGAGGUCUUCAUCCUGGUCCCAGCGCUGCUGGGGUUAAAGGGCAACCUGGAGAUGACACUGGCUUCCAGACUGUCCACAGCGGCUAAUAUUGGUCAGAUGGACUCAGCCAAGGACAUGUGGAAGAUGAUCGUUGGAAACCUCGCCCUCAUCCAGGUCCAGGCCACGGUAGUAGGGUUCCUGGCGUCCAUCGCCGCAGUGAUUUUUGGCUGGAUCCCAGAAGGGAACUUUAGACUGGGACAUGCUAUCCUGUUGUGUGCCUCCAGUGUGGCAACCGCAUUCAUCGCCUCUCUGAUACUAGGGAUUAUUAUGAUUGGUGUAAUCAUCGCAUCCAGGAAGGUGGGCAUCAACCCUGACAAUGUGGCCACGCCCAUCGCUGCCAGUCUGGGAGAUCUGAUCACCCUCUCUCUGCUGGCUGGCAUCAGCACAGGACUGUACAAGGAGCUGGAGUUUAACGACUAUGCCAACCCGUUGGUGUGUGCUGUGUUUGUGGCGCUGACCCCUCUGUGGGUGCUGAUCGCUCGGAGGAUCCCCUCCACCAGAGAGGUGCUCUACUCAGGCUGGGAACCUGUCAUCAUUGCCAUGGCAAUCAGCAGUGUUGGGGGUCUGAUCCUAGAUAAGACCGUGUCCAACCCCAACUUCGCUGGCAUGGCUGUCUUCACUCCUGUUAUCAACGGUGUGGGAGGUAACCUGGUAGCGGUGCAGGCCAGUAGAAUCUCCACCUAUCUGCACAUGAAUGGUAUCCCCAUGGGAGACCCUGACCCCAACCCCAGGAAAUGCCCCACCCCCUGCACCUCCUUUUUUGGUUCCAAUGUGAACUCUCGUUCGGCACGGGUGCUUUUCCUCCUGGUUGCUCCAGGUCACCUGGUCUUCCUCUACACCAUCAACUCCAUGCAGGGAGGACACACCACGCUAACAUCCAUCUUCAUAGCUUUCUACAUGGCUGCUGCAUUACUGCAGGUGUUGAUCCUGUUGUACCUGGCUGACUGGAUGGUCCACUGGAUGUGGAGUAGGGGGAUGAACCCUGAUAACUUCUCUAUUCCUUACCUGACGGCCCUGGGAGAUCUGCUGGGGACUGGCUUCCUGGCCCUCUGCUUCCAUGUCCUCUGGCUCAUUGGAGACAGAGACACUGACGUGGGAGACUGAACACACACACCUGGACAGCAUACAUACACAGCAUCAAUUCCGGCUCACCGGAAACAACCUGAACAACUGAACUGUACAGUAUCUCCCUCUGGACAUCGGAACAACUGAAUGACUUUCAGACCCAGACCUCAACCCUGACCCCUUGACCUCCAAUCUCCCCCCAAACCCCUCCCCCUGGGUCACAGACUAUGCCAUUUUUUCUUUAUUUGACUAAAUAAGAGUUCUACUACUAUUGUUUUUAUUGUUAUUAUGAUGACGAUGAUUAUGAUUAUUUUUGUUAAUAGUGAAUUUGAUAUGAAUCUAUAUCUGUUUUACCGUUGGGUGGGUGAAUCCUCAUUAUUUUCAAUGGGGACAUUCUCCCUUGGGCCAGUCACAUUGGCAGCAUUUGUAAAGAUGAGAUCAAUCUUAAAGACUUGAAAUGAAGACAGACAGACAGCAAAAAAAACUCACACAAGCCUAAAAUGCUUAAUCACCAAGUGCUAUACGUAUAAAGAGAUGAAUACAUUUUUAAGGGACCCUUUCAAUUAGCCUUGCCUUGAGAGUAGUGAUUCAGUGGGGGCAGCUCCACAGGGGCCCAAACGAGAAUGUAGAGACCUGAAUCCGCUUAGGUAACAACCCCCCAACCCUGUCAAAGGAUGUCUGAACACUAACCUAAACAGAAACAGGAAGUUUGAACAACUCUGGGUAGAAGUUGCCCUUAAGCACAGAUCUAGAAUCAGUUUGAAAACAUAACUGACCCUGUAUCAGUGGCUAGAGGCAACCUCAACCUAGUCCAUGGACAUAGGUCCUGCCAGAUGGUACGGUCAGGUGCCACAUUAUGUUUCAUAGGUCACCAAGGAGGUGCCAGAUCAUACGGUCAGGUGCCACAUUAUGUUUCAUAGGUCACCAAGGAGGUGCCAGAUCGUACGGUCAAGUGCCACAUUAUGUUUCAUAGGUCACCAAGGAGGUGCCAGAUCGUACGGUCAGGUGCCACAUUAUGUUUCAUAGGUCACCAAGGAGGUGCCAGAUCGUUCAGUCAGGUGCCACAUUAUGUUUCAUAGGUCAUCAAGGAGGUGCCAGAUCGUUCAGUCAGGUGCCACAUUAUGUUUCACACUCAGUUGGAGGGUUGUUUCUUGAAUUAAAGUCAACCCCAAUUCUUGCCAACCAUGUCCUUAGUGGUCCUUGAGGCCUCAACGCUCAAUAGCAAGGUUUCAGCACCUCGUUGUUCUCCCCUAAAUCCUCCUAAAGGGCUACGAUUGUGACAUUUCUUCAAUUAAAUUUGUUUCUUUGUUUUCACACAAACACUUAGACAGAAAAUUGUGCUUUGUUUGUCAGGCUGGCCAUCUGUUUGUAGCAGCCUGUUGGUUACACACACACACAAAACUCUGCUUAUCACUGGAUUCACUGAGGUUAGAGUGGCCUUACUGGGAGGCUAGAGGGAGGUCAGAGAGGGUAGGGACAGAGCGCUUAUUGAGACAGAGGCCAUUCCAGGUGACAUCCUAUCUAGUGCAAGGACUUAGGAGCAUAUGUUAUAGGGUGGUGAAAGUUAUCCACUUGAUCACGCUGUUGCCUAAUGCUGUAGUGACAAGACCUGUUUGGUGUGUUCUGAUUAGAACGCUUUAAUGGGCUUCAUUAGUUAGUGAGGAAAGACAGGAUGUUGAGGGAGGAAUUGUCAAACCAAUAUUGCCUGCUUAGGAAUAUCAUGCAAACAGCUCGCUCUCUCUUUCUGUCUCUCUCGCUCUCUCAAGCUUUCUCCAAUGGUACAAACAACAUCAACGAUCUUCUUGAGUUGAAGCAACUCAAGGCCUGUCCAUGCUGACUACCACACUUCCUUAAUGUCUGUUGUGCAUUGUACAUACACACUGUGCAGCUGACCUACAAUAUCUGCCACAUAGAUGCCAUGCUUCAAAAUGGCCUCCUAUCCUAACCACAUUUACAUACUGUCAGUAUAGACACUCUAAUUCUCGUAAGCAGCAGAGCCCAGCUUGAUGGUGAAAUGCAUGUGUUAUCAUCUGAUGCUUUGUUAUCUGGUGUUCAAUUUAUAUGUUGUUUUAAGGGGCCAGCAGAGUGCAUGUGCAGGGCACAUAACAUGAAUAUGCAAAACUUGUGCAUUAUGAGUUAAGUUUCCUUCUCUUUAAAAGAUAAUGUAUCUUUCUUAGGUUUGACACAUUUUACAAAGUGGAAGUUGUGUCCGUUAUUAGAUGUAUUCUUUAACUUCAUAAUUUUUCUUAACCCUUCUGUGAUCUUAAGUGUUAGAGAACGAUUAUGUCAUGUUUAUGAUUGAGGCAGCCCCAGUGGGGUAUAGUGUCACUGUUGGAAGGUACUGUAAUAUACACACACAGGCACCAGAGGGCGACAUUGUCAUAUGAGUGAAUAUGAGACAGUGCUGAUACUGAUAGAGGCUGUUCACUAUUCGCUUCAUCUAGAUUAUAGAACCUGUAUCCAAGAUUCUAAUGUAGAACCUGUGUUUUCUAGAUUCUAGAAUUUGUAUUUUCUUGAUUCUAGAACCUGUGUCCAUGAUUAUAGAAUACAUACCUUCUGGAUUCUAGAGCUUGUAUCCAAGAUUCUAUUCUAAAACCUGUCCUCUGUAUUCUUGAAGCGGAACCCUGGAUCUAGAACCUGGGUUCUCUCUGCUGCCUUACUGAACCUGUGCCAGCGUUCUGCCCCAGUACGGAUAAGAGGUUGUGAAUACUUCUUCAGGGGGAAGGAAUGCUUUGUCUAUUUAUUUUUAGAUGCACACAAAGCAAAUUGUAAAUACUAUAUUUAUUCUAUAAAUAAGGUGUUUAUUUUUCAUUUAAUUUUGUCUCGGUUCUGUGUCACUGUUUUUGUAAUUGUUUCUCAUUUUAUUUUUUUGUUCUUCCUUUUUUGGGGUUGUAUCCAGCCAGUAGAGCUUCAGAGCUGCCACGGUAGAUUAGUGCAUAGGCUAACAAACAACAGUGUGGGUGCCUAAUAUCUGAUGAACCUCACACACCUUACAUCCCCUGCUCUCAGGCAGGGACCCAAACAUAGAAGGCCUUAACCUAUCAGGAGCCAAGCUCAACACAUAGUAACCAAUCAGGAGCUAGGCUCACCACAGAGUAGAAUCUCUCUAAUUAGCUUUUAUUAAUAACUGACAUACCUUGAUUUGAUGUUGUAAUGUAAUGAAUGAAUAAAUAGUCUAUGAGAGAGGCUGCAUGGUUGCAAUGGCUGCGGUGUUUGGGAACCACUAAGGCCAGAACCUUCAAUUGAGAACAUAAAUGAAUAGAUGGAUAUUGUAAACAGAAGGCUCUGACUAGAACAGACUAGUGGUCAGACAACACAGAUGUAUAACGGAUGGAUCAUUUCUCUAUAACCUCAUUCCUCAACCCCCCCCCCCCCCCCCACACACACACACACCACUAGCACAAAAUGUCCAUACAGAUAUAUUGGUUACACACACAAACACAUACACUGUAUUUGGAACUGUGUGCUCCCCCUGCUGUCCCCCUCUGUAACCCUGUAACUGUAGUGGGGUUCACAAUCUGCAGGACUUUAUAAAUUGCUGGAAAUAAAGGACUAUAUUAUUUUGUA